GUACAAACUAACGUUUUUCUAAUUGAUCUGAUAAUAUGGUUGAUGACUUGUUAGUGCAGUGGAAACACUCCUCAGCAAUUAGCAGACUGCACCACAGAUGACAUUUAUACAAACAGGAGUACUUGCAGGAGGUGAAGUACUUCCAGUUCCCUGGAGAGCUGCUAAUGAGGAUGUUGAAAAUGUUAAUCUUGCCACUCGUGGUAUCCAGUUUGAUGUCAGGUCUAGCCGCCCUGGACGCCAAGUGCUCCAGCCGCCUGGGGAUCAUGACCAUCUCCUACUACCUCUGGACCACCUUCGUCGCCGUGGUAGUGGGCAUCGUCAUGGUAUACAUCAUCCACCCGGGUGGAGCUGCUCAGAAGGAGGACUCUGAGGACAGCAAGAAGCCAAUGACCAGCUCCGCCGACGCUCUACUGGAUCUCAUUCGCAACAUGUUUCCAGCCAACCUGGUUCAAGCUACUUUUCAACAGUAUCGAACCCAGAGAGUCCCUGAGCUCAUCCCAAAACCAACCGUGGCUCAGCUCCUGGAUGAGACCACCACGCGCAGGGUCUACAUCUACGGCAUCCAGGAUGACAAUGGCACAGACGUCCAGAACUUCUCCCUGGAUCUCACGCCGCCGCCUGACGUCAUCAUGAAAACGUCGCCGGGCACCAGCGAAGGCAUGAACGUGCUGGGGAUUGUUAUUUUUUCCGCCACAAUGGGAAUAAUGUUGGGCAGAAUGGGACCCAAUGGAAGCGCCCUGGUCAACUUCUGCCAGAGUCUGAAUGAGGCAGUUCUGAAGAUUGUGGCCAUCGUCAUCUGGUAUUUCCCCUUCGGCAUCGUUUUCCUGGUCGCCGGUAAGAUCUUGGAGAUGGACGAUCCUUCGGCAAUGGGGAAGAAGCUGGGUUUUUACGCCAUUACGGUGGUAAUGGGCUUGGUGCUACACGGCCUGUUCAUCCUCCCAGCCAUGUACUUCUUCAUCACUAAGAAGAGCCCCAUCGUUUACAUCCGAGGAAUUCUACAGGCCCUUCUCAUCUCUUUGGCCACUUCAUCCAGCUCUGCCACACUGCCUAUCACCUUCAAGUGCCUCCUUGAGAACAACCACAUCGACAGACGCAUCAUCCGCUUCGUGCUGCCCGUCGGGGCCACCAUCAAUAUGGACGGCACCGCGCUCUACGAGGCCGUGGCAGCCAUCUUCAUUGCCCAAGUGAAUAAUUACGAACUUGACUUCGGACAGAUUAUCACGAUCAGCAUCACUGCCACCGCAGCCAGCAUCGGGGCAGCUGGUAUCCCGCAAGCUGGACUCGUUACCAUGGUGAUCGUGCUGACCUCCGUGGGUCUUCCGACCGAUGACAUCACUCUCAUCAUUGCUGUCGAUUGGGCCUUGGAUCGAUUCAGGACCAUGGUUAAUGUGAUGGGUGACGCCCUGGCCACGGGAAUUAUGGCUCAUAUCUGCAGGAAAGACUUUGUCAAAGAAGGGGAGCAGGUGCCUCUCAUCUGUGAAACUAAGCCCAUGAUAAGCAUCCAGCAGAUGAUGACCUACCAGAACCAGAAGAACGGGUGCUACCAGCCGCCUCCACCUGGCAGCAAGCAGGACCACCACCUCUCCCCGGACGUGGCUCGCCUGAUGCAGCUGGAGGAGGGGAUCCGGCCAUUAGAGAAGAAGAAACACGCCCACUCCUCUCACCACAAGAGAGAGCACAGGGACAAGGACCACUGUUCCGUUGACAUGAACGGGCUGGAGACAAACGUGUAAAAGCGGCCGCCCCCUGCCGACGGCUGCCGGCUCGUCCGCGGCCGGCGGGCCCAGCGGGAGAGGACAACACAUGGAAAGAUUGAGGUGACUUAAGUUCACGCGCUUUUCCCCUCCAAGAAGGAGAGCGGCCCGAGCGGAUGAACGCAAAUGACCCUGACAAAAAAAAAAAAGACAUUUCUUUUUCUACAUAACCUAAAUAAUGACCCACAUUUGAUUGUGCGUGUUCGUGUGUGUACAUAUUUAUCAGAGAUGUGUUAUUUGGUACCAGCGGUGAACGCGUGCUGCUCUAGCUGAGAAAGACGUCUUGUCUGAGGUUUCUUGAAAAACAUCCUCCCAGAUCUGUGAGUCAGCCUAUUUCAAAGGAAACAGAGAACACAAUAGCUAAUAUCAGAUUUAAUUUAAGGAACCCAUCUCCCUGUGGACUGCAGAGAAAAGAAAGAAAAAAAAGAAAAAAAAGAGAAAAGAUUUACUCCUCAUAUCUCUUUGUAUUGAUUAUUGCUUUUUUUGUGUGUGUCAUUCAGUAAUGAAACUCAGGCAGAAUCCUGCCUGUUGGAACAAUUUUUCGAACAGUCUGACUCACUAACUCAACACGCACAACAGAGACAAUAUGGGCAGAAAUUUCAUUUUUAACACACAUAUACAGCGAUUUGCGUCACAUUUAGGAAAAAAACACGUCAGACUAAAAACAACAAAAAAAAGCUGAAGGUAUCACUAUUGAUUUUCCACAUUUUCUCAGCUUUCCCGACACUUCUCUGCCUUGUGGUCCCGAGUCUACGUCAGUACUCUGCCUCAUGCCCGCAGUACUGCGAGGCCACUGCCAGAACGAAGGCAAAAAGAAGAAGGUCACGGUGGAAAAACAAAGACGAGCGGCUGCCCUUGUGUUGAAGUCAUGUUACGUUGUCUUUGCAUCCCAUUGUAUUCCCUCUUUGCCUUAAACGACCAAAGGAGAAGCAUCCAGGGACAAGUGCGUCACUGACGAACGCAGCGAAACACAAACACAAGUCGACCGUCGCAGGUCACGGAAUAAUCUGAACUCUGUCCAUAUGUAUGUUGUAUAUGCUGUACAUGUUUGUAUUUCAUAAGUUAAACAAAUGUUGAUCUUUUGCUGCCAUUCUGUAUUUGUUCAAGGAAACAUUUCACUGUAAUCCAAAAUUUGUAACAAUGUAAAACAGCAAAAAAAAGGAGAAAAAAAAACAUGAAGAAAUGAAAAAUAUAUCAGCAAUAAAGUUCUUUUUUUAAUUGCAUCAGAACAUGAGGUCUGAGUUACAAGAACUGCAGGAGCGAUAAAGCUUCAAGGAUAUAAUAAUUCAAGGGCUGAAUACUGCAAAAGCAUUUCAAGUAUUCCAAGCAUUGGUCUGAAAUCCUUGAAGAUGCACCGUCUCUCGUUAAGGCAUGCGGGAAAAGCAGCCGUUAACUUAUUGGAAAAUGAGAAAAUGUCCUGUUCAAACACGAAUGAAUCUCAGGUUAACUAAAAGUAACUGAGCUGUCAAAUGAGAAAAGAAGAAGAAGCGAUUUAAAGGAGUCCCGGUUCAAUAGAAGGCAAGCUGCCCGGGUGGAUUAUUACUAAACAUUUGGGAAGGAACAUUGGAAUGCAAUGUUCUGCUUGGAAACCUUUGGUCUUGGCAUUCAUGUGGAUGCCAUUUUACAUCCCUAUUUAUUGGCACGAGGAACGUGACAAAGAGCUCAACAUCAACCUCAGCUCAGAAUUCCAUGGGGCAUACCUCCGAACUGCUAGUGCAGUUCAUUGAGGCGCCACCACGCGACUGACACGACUCCUGAGUCCUGUGUCCAUGCGUUGACGGGUCAGAGACAAGUCUGAUCUACGUUAGGGCCUCCACGGAUUGGCCUUGUUCCUGGACGUACCUGAAAUGCUCUAUUGGAUUUGAAUCUGGGGAAUUCUGAAGCCAAGUUGACUCCUUGAGCUCUUCGUCAUGUUCCUCUAGCCAUUCCAAAGCAGUUUUUUUGUGGCGUUUACAGGGGAGGGGGGUUGCCGUGAGGAAGGGGUGCGCCUGCAAUGGUGUUUGGAUGGGUGCUGCGUGUAAAGUGUGGUCAACAUUAAUGCCAGGACCCAAGGUUUCCCAGCAGAGCAUCACAUUUUAACAAGAUGAUAAACGUCAUCCACUUCACCUUGUUGUUGCCGAUGGAUGUCUAUUCUACACAUUGCACCAGUGCGGUAGCAAAAAAAAAAACUCCUGUCGUACUAUAAUUAUCGCACCUAAUAUAAGAUACCGGUAAUUACUUUCUCAUUGAGGCACUGAAGUGAAAUUUGUGAUGUUAUAGAUAUUAUAUGUGCUUGAGCUUAAAAGUGAGGCUGUGUGACUUUUGAAAGAAUCGAAUUGAAAUCACAACCUUCCUUUGACAAAUUAAGGAUUGAUGAAUGAGCAGUGCUCAGUUCAGUGCACUUUUGCUGCCACAGUCUGACUUCGUGUGGUAUGAUCACUUGCUUAGCUAAUAGCAAACUACUAGAAAACCCUUAAGUCUAUCUCAGGAAAUGGAGGACUAUCCACUGUGCUGUUACUCUGUAAGUGCCACCUGUGGCGAAAGCGAACAGCCCUGGACAUCAUCCACACAAUUGUGUUGGGUGUAUAAAAGAUGCCACCUCUUAAACAUUAUAGCCUCUCAAAACUGUUAUGGAUUUCUUCAUUUAAAGAUGCUUCAAAAAGGUUAGUGGGAUCUGUAGGUAUUCCCAGCGCUAGAGAAGGUAACAGAGGUCUCAUAUGACUAUAAAGGCUGUAGUAAUAAAUCUGAUGACACAAUUAUAUUACAUUAAACUCAUUAGAAUUAGCCCUUCUAAGUUUGUGUAAUUGUUUCUUUCACAGUAUAAAGACGUUUUUCCAGAAAUCAUCAUAGGCAAGUUGUGAACUUUAGUGGGUGCUUUUUACAUGGUAUGUAGUAGUUCCCUCCACUGAAUGAAUGUCAAAGACCAGACCCGUAGAUGACUGUUGAGUCUCAUUUGAAUACAUAUGUGCGCUAUACUUUGUCUUUUGCUUUCUAAGAAAGCCUUGAGCCGAGGCUAUUUAUUCGAGCACAGGCUGAGCUACUUAAGCUCACUUGAGAGGAACCGACCUGAAAAUCUGCAGCUAACACUGCUAAGCUUCACCUCUCCCCACCCCUUCACUCUGCGCUUGUUACAGUUUAUCUCCAUUAGCCCCACUGCUCGUGGUCAGGCCGGCCCGGCAGCUUGGGCACCAUCUGAAACUGACCAUUUGGCCAGCUGGCCACCUGGCAAUGGGACAGGAUGGGGGUGGGCUGUAGGGAGUUGGCCAGAGAGGAGCAAUUAGAAACACAGGCUGGAUCUGGCAGAAGGUGGACGGGGUGCCAACAGGCAGAGGUCUGGAUCGACUAACAAAUAAAUAGGCAAAUGGAACGGAAAUGGAGAAAGAGGGAAGUAGGGCACGAAGGCUUAAAUAACAGAACAACCGAAAUCCCUUUGUUUGUCUAGGCACUGAAACCUAAUAGAGAUAUGUGGUGUAGUAGUAAACCUGAUAGCAUUUUGGUGUAAGAUGAUUAAUGCAAUACCUAUUUGUGUAAAGCACUGAUGCUGUUAUGUCCACAAGUGCUUUCUUUUAAAUCUGAUUUGUGUCUGGGAGUCAAACAAAGCAAAUGAACUCAGUCUUGUGGCAUCUCUUGAAGGAAUAUUCCAGUACAAGUUUAAUCCAUGGUGUAACACACCGUGACACCGAGUAAGACACCAGCUUGAGCUUAAAAACAUUUCACAGAGAUUGCAGAUGGUGUGCAUCACCAACCCCAAGCGUCAGUAUUUGACAACAGCCAGAAUAGCUUACUUUACAUUAGCCCUAAGCUAGUUACGUUGAGAAAAGGCAGUAAAUAUAAAUCUAUUUUUAAUCACAAACUUAUAAUAAAAACAAACAAAUACUCAGAGCCUUUCCUCCACCAAUAAACUUUUUUGGACUAUUUAUGUAAUCACACCACAUGAAAAUUUUGCUUAACGUCUAUUUUUAUUUCCUGUUUUGGCCUUUUAUCGUCUAUUAUUGACAGAGCAGCAAAAGAUAUGAUAGGAAACAGGCUGAGAGAGGGGGGGAGUGACACGUGGCAAAGGGCACCCAGGCCGGGACUUGAACCCUGGACCACCGCAGCAAGGACAAAGCCUCUGCACAUGGGACGCUCACUCUACCAAAUGAGCUAAACAAUGCCCCUUAACGUUUAUUUGAUGUGAAUUAUUUUUACUGGACAUUGUGAUCAGAGAGAUUUAAAUGUGUCAGCCUUGACUUUUCCCAGUGAAAAACAGCCAUCACUAAAUAAUGGAAAUUGAACAAUCACAAGACAGAUAUAAGUGGGAAUCAAUGUGCAGGUCAUGAAUGUAAAAUAAUAACUAACUAACUUGCAAAGAAAAAAAGUUUUGACUAUAGCCACCACCUUCCAGAUAAAAAUGAUUAGUAAGUGCAAGCAGAAGCCCUUAUAUUUGAGCAGGACAUUGCAAUUUCCGUUGCACUCAGCUUAGAUUUGACAGUCUGUACAUGUUGAGUAUAU